AUGGAGAAAACUUCUACAGAUACACUUCCUCUUACAACGAUUCCCCCAGAUGAGCAAGAGACUGUGUGUAUUUUUGGAACUGGAGACUUUGGAAGAUCACUGGGUCUUAAAAUGAUCCAGUGUGGUUAUUCCGUUGUCUUUGGAAGUCGAAACCCCAGGAAAUCCAGCCUGCUGCCGAGUGGUGCAGAGGUCUUGGGCUAUUCCGAAGCGGCCCAGAAAUCUGACAUCAUAAUCAUAGCAAUCCACAGGGAACAUUACGAUCUUCUCACGGCACUGACUGAGGUUCUCCGUGGGAAAAUAUUGGUCGAUGUCAGCAACAACCUCAAAAUCCAUCAGUACCCAGAAUCCAAUGCAGAGUACCUUGCCCAGCUGGUGCCGGGAGCCCUCAUAGUGAAAGCAUUUAACACCAUCUCAGCGUGGGCUCUCCAGUCAGGAGCCCUGGACGCAAGUCGGCAGGUGUUCGUCUGCGGAAAUGACAGCAAAGCCAAGCAAAGAGUGAUGGAUAUAGUGCGUGCUCUUGGGCUGACUCCGUUGGACCAAGGAUCUCUCUUGGCAGCCAGUGAAAUUGAAGAUUACCCCCUGCAGCUGUUUCCCAUGUGGAAGUUCCCCUUCUACUUCUCUGCCAUCCUGUGUAUCUUCUUGUUUGUCUACUGUGUUAUCAGAGACGUAAUCUACCCUUAUGUGAAUGAAAAAAAGGAUCACACAUUUCGCAUGGCUGUUUCCAUCCCAAACCGUGUCUUUCCCAUAGCGGCCCUGACGCUGCUCGCUGUGGUUUACCUCCCCGGCGUCAUUGCUGCCAUUCUGCAGCUCUACUGGGGAACGAAAUACCGGCGGUUCCCAAACUGGCUUGACCACUGGAUGCUCUGCAGAAAGCAGCUUGGCUUGAUAGCACUGGGAUUUGCCUUCCUUCACGUCAUCUACACACUGUUGAUUCCUAUCCGUUACUAUGUACGAUGGAGGCUGGGAAACUUCACUGCUACCCAGGCAAUAUCCAAGAAAGAUAAUCCUUUUAGUACGAAUAGAGCCUGGCUUAGUGAUUCAUACCUGUCUUUGGGAGUCCUUGGAUUUUUCUUCUUCGUCCUCUUGGGGAUCACUUCCUUGCCCUCCGUUAGCAACAUUGUCAACUGGAGAGAGUUCCGAUUUGUCCAGUCCAAACUGGGUUAUUUGACCCUGAUCUUGUGCACAGCUCACACCCUGAUAUAUGGCGGAGACCGAUUCCUCCGUCCUUCCAGUCUCAGGUGGUAUCUUCCUUCGGCUUACAUACUAGCACUCAUCAUUCCUUGCACCGUGCUGGUGAUCAAGUUUAUCCUCGUCCUGCCAUGUGUAGACAAGACCCUCACACGGAUCCGCCAGGGUUGGGAAAGGAACUCAAAAGUCUCUAAAUCAGCACUGAAUGGACAAACAGACAUUUAA